UUUCAGCUGUCAGUUUCGCGAUUUUCUUUCCUCUUCCUGUUCACAACACCGUUCGGAAAUUUGUGCAGUUAAAAUCGUUUAAAAAUGGGAAAAACGAGUAAAGAUAAGCGUGAUAUUUACUACCGGCUUGCCAAAGAGGAGGGCUGGCGUGCACGCAGCGCUUUCAAGCUGAUCCAUCUCGAUGAAACGUACAACAUUCUCGAUGGUGUUACACGUGCUGUCGAUCUGUGUGCCGCCCCCGGUAGCUGGAGCCAGGUCCUGUCCAAGCGGUUGUACCUGUCGCGUGAGGAAAAGGAUCGCGACGAGGUGAAGAUUGUUGCGGUGGAUCUGCAGGCGAUGGGUCCUCUGCCCGGAGUAAUACAGCUUCGUGGAGACAUUACGCGGUUUACCACGGCCGAGGCCAUCAUUUCGCACUUUGACGAAGGCCAAAAGGCACAGCUGGUAAUAUGCGACGGAGCACCGGAUGUUACGGGUCUGCACGACAUGGAUGAGUAUCUCCAGUCGCAACUGUUGCUGGCGGCCUUGGGCAUUACCACGUUCGUUCUGGUACCGGGAGGUACAUUUGUCGCCAAAAUAUUCCGCGGCAAAUGCACACAUUCACUGUACUCUCAGUUGCGCAUAUUCUUCGAUACUGUGGACAUCGCCAAACCCCAGAGCUCGCGUAACUCAAGCAUCGAAGCGUUCGUCGUAUGCCAGGGCUACAAUCCCCCCGAAGGCUACAUCCCACAGGAGAUCAAUCUGCUGCAGGAUAGUGUGGCGGAGAUAGCCCGCAAAACGGAUUCGCCCGUCAAUCGACGCAUUCUUCCGUUUGUGGUGUGUGGCGAUUUGCGGGAGUUCGAUUCCGACAUGUCGUACAGUCUGAAUAUUGAUCCAGAGAAAGAAUAUGAACAUAAGGAGGUGGUACAGAAACCGCUGACGCCAGCUUAUAGUGAGGUCCUCGAGCGCAUGAAGACCACCUCACUCAAACACGGUAGCAUUAAGGUCGAGGCGGUCAAGAAGAAGGAGGAUUAAACGAAUACGACGACUUUGCACUUUCCUUGAUGCGAUAUGACGUGCUGGUCAGCUAGCAUGAUGUGGUUAAUUGUGGUUCGUAUCGAAACAGAUUUAAUUUCCAUUCCAUCCCGCUGGUUCUCGUGACAUCUAACGGUUUGAAACUAAUCAACCACGGCCAACGUUCACCACUGAUUGCUCACCGAUCGACUGGUUAAUCGCCGCCAGGCCCGAGGCCCAAUUAUGUACGCAUGACCGAUGGAACCGAUUGAUAUGGUUCCGGGAUUAACACGAGCGCCAGCCAGACAUGGACGCGGGUGGCAACCGACGUCGUUUAAUAUCGUUCGGUGUUUAAUUGCUCACCAUUUACUCUUUGAGCCAUUUACAUACAUUUCACAUUACUAUCGGGGAGCUAAUGGGACGAAAUCAUAUUUGCAUAAUUGCCGUAAGGGUAAACCGUAAGGGAAGCAAAAAGCUCACUCAACUGGUGAUGUUUUCCAUGUUUUACUGUAAUCGUCAGUAGUAGAGUGCUAUCCCCUGAGCCCCCGGUAGAGCUCAUAAGUAACCAAAUGAGGCUCUCCGGGAAGGAAGAUGAACCAUUUCCUUAUUGCAUCGUGUCCUGGGACGUUGUUUCGUUUUUGUUUCAAGAUGGAAAGUGCGUGUGAAGCUGUCGUGAACCUGCCAUAAAGUACUUAUCUUAACACCCAAAUCGGCUCCUCCCUUCUGGUUAGUACGGAAUGUGUGUUGCUAAUUCAUUAUGGCUAUAACGAUAAUGUCUGUAACAUUGAACCCGAAAUAUGCCACUUAAUUUCAAACGAUUGGAUAAGGCAGGUAAUAACCUUCUGAAACUAAUAUGUAAAUUAUGGAUUUUAAUAAAACAGAAAAAACAACCGUACAAAGAAAUGCGAAAUAGUAACUGUUUCGGCGCUUAAUAAGGGAUUUAAUUGGAUUAAUAUCACAUCAUAACUUUAAGUAUUUUGACAAACAUAAAAAGGGAGAAAUCAAAGCAACCCGGUUGCCAAUAACAAGUGAGACGAAAUGAAUAAACAGUAGACCAUGUUACUAAGACCCUGCGAUUCUUGUACACACAUAGUUUUAACAGAAUGAGUUUGAAAAAAAAUCUUCUGGAAUUGUACUGAAAUACAUGGAAA